UUUGCUGUUUUGUAUGAUGUUGCAGUGUCAUAGCAGUCAAAAUGUUGUGUUGAUUGUACCAAUGUGAGGAUAAAUCUGUUUGGUAAAGUCGCGAUGGGAACUGACCAAUGAGAACUUUUGGGUACAUGAAGAUCUCGGAACCAAGUCUGCCCAUCUGAAAAGCAGCCAAGAGAGAUUUAUCGCUUUUCGGUUCACCUGUUAAUGUUUCCUUAAUGCCCGAUGAGCUAUAUCAACGGUGAAUGCUUUUAUCAGAGGGGUUAAAAUGCUUACACUAUAAGUGAUGUUUUUUCCUCCCUGCCACGUGAAAAAAGUGCCAGUACCAGAUCAUCAGCAGAAGUAGAUUAAAAUUAUUCAUAUCUCAUUUUAUCUUCUACUUAUUACCUUAAAGCUGUUAGUAGGCUGAAAAUGUUGUGAAACGGUUUUUCUUACACAUUGAAAGCUUACUUACAUGUGUUGAAAUAAUAAAAAGUCAUGUGAGAGGAAAUGACACCUGAUAAGAUAACCAUAACCUAAGAAGUUAGCACCACUAAUAUAGAUUAAGGUCUCAUGUUAAUAUCAGGAGCAAACAUCUCCUUUUAAUGUACUUCUUGUCCUUGGGUGGUUGUGAUUCCAUGUAGGUGUUGUUCCUCUUUUUAGGCUCAGUUCCUGCCUAUUACAGAGAGGUAUAUGAGGCCAUCUGCUGUAGGACAGAUGACAGAGUGCAGGUUGAAGUUUUUCAGCGGUUGCUCCAAAGGACUGAUCUCUCCAAGGCGGUUUUAGGCCAGCCUCUUAUGUUACUUUUAUGCAUCCAACUUAAAGCUCCUUCAGGUAAGACCAGGAGAUUAAGGUAAGGUUACUUUAUUUAUAACUGAAUGUACAUAUGAACUAAUGCUUUAUUCCAGUAACAUGCUUGUAGACAAAAACAAGCACCAAAUAAGAUAAUUUUACGUUAAAUUUGUCAGUCAGUAACCAAAAAAGGAAUAGGCUAAACCCAGCCUAUCCUGAACCAUCAAAGGAAUAACCAAGCCAACCAAGCUCUAGUUUCAAACUUUAGCAACCCCUUACAUUAUAAUCCCCUCUCUUGAUUUAAAGUUUUAUUAAUACAACCUGGAAUGUUCUUAUUCACCACACAAAACAUGAUUUCAAGGGUUUUUGAGUAUGCAAUGUUCAGAAAUCUUAAUGUGGAUGAUCCUUUAAAAAGCAAAUUGAUAGAUUCACGGUAUCCAACUUUACUUAUUUUUCUAAUAGCUCUUUCCUGCAGUUUAAUUAUCGGAUCCAAAUUAGUUUUAUGUGCAUUUCACCAAAUUUCAACACAGUUUGACAAAAAGGCAUUACAAGUGAAAAAUAUGACGGCAGUUCUUAUUCACUACAUCCCUUGUUUUGUAAAGAAUAGAAAUAGACUUGGAUAAUUCUCAUUUUACAUGUUCUACAUGAGGCUUCCAACAAAGUUUAUCAUCUAUAAAUACUCCCCAAAAUGUUCAAUUUCGACAUUGUUUAAAUUCCAUUUGUUUUGCUUUCAUUUACUGAUAGCCAGAGGUAAAAAGUGCUCACCUAUUGAAAGUAAAAGUAAAAUUACUUUGGUUGAAAAGUACCGGUCUAUAAAUCUACUCAAGAAGAAGUAAAAAGUUUUUGAUUUACUUGGUUUACUUUAUGAACUGAGUACUGAAUAGCUACUGAUGAGUUGUACAGUAAAAUCUGAUUUUCCUUAUUGGUAAGAAAAACAAGAUUUCUAACCAGGUUGUUCAGGUAAAGUCACACCUCUAUAAUAAAGUAAAAUACACGGAAAGUAAACAUUGUUUAUUAAACUCAAAGAUAAAUUUAACACAAAUUUAACAUUUGACAAGUGUUAAAUAUUAUACUGUUUGACAAAGCUGUAGUAACUCUCCUCUGGCAAGAAUAAAGCAGGCUUAACCUCUUGGCAAGGCAAUUUAUACUUAUGAAGAAUGUGCUCUGUGCUUCCUUUAUCACCUAAAGUCCGAGACAAGAACUUUAACUCUGUGGAUAACUUCACUCAUGGUGCCAAUUUGUCUCAUCAAAAAAAAGAACAAUCCACCAGAGACAUGACAAAAGAAUCCCCAACAGGAAUCACUGUACAACAGGCAACACAACUAAACACAUAUAAAACACAUCUAAACACUCUGCCAAAGUGCAUGACAGGAAACCUCACCAACGCAUUACCCCAGAUUUGAAAUUGACUCUACUGAGUUGAAGUUUACAAAUAAUUUUUAGAAAAAAAAAAAAUAGAAAAUGAGGCAGCAAAAAAAUUGGUCGGUAAUCUACACCAUUUGAAUAAAGAUUAAAAAAAUAUUUAUAGAAAUAAGAUAAAAGAAUGGAUUUGACAUUGAACAGUAAAAAUGUAGUAAGUAAAAGCAAAGGUAAGAUAAAACAACAAUAUGCUCCAGUAAGUAGAUUUAGUUUUGUGUUGAUUUUGGUGGCGCUCUCUCUGUGGUCAAAGUGGUACCUCUUUCCUCUUUUGUACUGAGCAUGUGAAUGUUGUGAUUUUGAAACAAAAAUCUGUUUCUGCUUUCUAUAAACAGUCAUAUCUGCCACUCAUAAGAGUCCCUGCUGAUGAAGAUAUAAAACAAGCUGCUUCUGCAUUGAGCUGUGUUCUGCACUGAGCCAUGACGUUACACCUACCCUGCAGCAGUUGUUUCAAGCAUUUUAAAAAAAUGGCUGCUAGUGCUUUGCUUGUUUGCUUUUAUGCUCAUGUAGUAGUAUAAAUAAUUUCAACUUGUUUCUUAACAGUUAAUAACUCCUCACAGGGGCGUAAAUUACAUUAUGAGGCAGAGGCCAAAUACAAACAAAUGAAUUAAUAAAUAGAUAAUAUAAAAAGUGGCCUGGAAUGUGAAAGUUUUUAUUAUCAAUGAAUCAAUACAUAAAGAUGUUAAAUAUCACAUAGUAAAAGUGUUGUAUCGGCUACCAAACUGGUAUGAAGUGGAUUUAUUUAUGGGUUUUCAGAUUGGGUUAAAUCUCUGCUGACAAGCAGGUUAAUGGAACCGUUUGUCAAUGUGGUGAAAUUACUCUGAGUGCAUCAUUUCUAUGGAAUACUUCAGAGCUAGCUCACAGCUCAGCAGAAUUUCCUUUUCCUGACCUUUGUGUCCAGUGAGCACUUUUUGACUAAAGGAAUGUAAGAGCACAUCUUUCACUUAAAAACAGCAGCCUUCAUGUCACUUUGUCUUUGUCCCUCUCAGAUUGUUGAGCAUGUCGACUCCACAGACGGAUUCCUAAGCAAGUUGUCUUUCUAUAAAGCACUUGCUUUGAUUGCUUUUGCUCAGAAGGGAAAGCAGCCGAGCCCCAAACUCCUGGAGAACUGCAUACAAGAGUUGCCAAAACCUCAGCUAGGAGAUCCGAAGGAUUUGAGUGCUUUGAGGAUGCAGCCAGCACAGGAGGACGUACUGACAGUUUCACAGACGCUGGACAAGCUGCUGUCCAGAGACACAGUGAAAGUGGAGCUCAUACCUGAGAAGAAGGGGCUGUUCCUCAAACAUGUGGAGUAUCAGGUCACCAGCCAGCGAUACAAGAUAUCGGUUUAUAGACGUUACAGUGAUUUUGAUGUCUUCCAUGAGGUGUUGCUUCAGAGAUUUGCCUACAGAAUGGUGCCGGCACUGCCACCUAAAAGAAUGCUAAAGGGAGUGCUGACCUCUGUGUCUGAGCGGGAAUUUAUCGAAGGGCGGAGACGUGCGCUUGGCAGAUUUAUAAACCUAGUGGCGCGGCAUCCCUUCUUCUCUGAAGAUGAGCUGGUGAAGACCUUCCUCACCUUCAGCGGCUCCGAUGUUCAGACUAAGCUGCGUGACGCUUACAAGAAAACGGGUGAUGAGUUCAUGACCAACAGAAUCGCGACCCUAGCAAAGGAAUAUCUCCCCACAGACAUUCAAGCUCAGUUCUCUACCAGCAGAGAGCUGAUCAGAAACAUCCACAACAGCUUUAACAAGCUGCGUGACAGAGCUGAAAAAAUGGCUGAGCGCUCAAAGGAGAAUGCCACGGAUCUUCUCAUGUUUGGCAGAGAGCUCAGUUCACUGGGCUCAGACUCUUCAACCCUUCCCUCCUUGGCCUCCUCGCAGGGCACCUGGGGCACCCUGCGUCAGUCCCUGAAGAGUCUGUCUGUGGAGUUCGCAGUCCUGUCUGACAAAGCUGCUCAGCAGGGUAGACGAGAAGAGGAUGAUGUUGUGGAAAAAUUGAAUGUUUUCCUGGAUUUGCUCCAGUCAUACAGAGAUCUGUGUGAGCGUCACGAGAAGGGCGUGCUCCAUGAGCAUCAGAGAGCUCUGCAUAAAUACAGUGUGAUGAAGAGGCAGAUGAUGAGCGCCACAGUUCAGCCAAAAGAGCAGGCAUCGGUGGAGCAGCUGGAGUCACGAAUUGUUCAGCAAGAAAAUGCCAUUCAGACCAUGGAGCUACGGAACUACUUCUCCCUGUUCUGCCUCCAUCAGGAGACUCAGCUUAUCUUCAUCUACCUUCCAAUCACAUCCCACAUUCUGGGUGCCUUUGUUAACUCGCAGGUCCAAGGACACAGAGAGAUGGGAGAGGUUUGGAAUGAACUCCAGCCAAAGCUCGGGUGUCUUUUUGGCGCUAAUAAUGGACUGAAGCCUCCUGUAUGAAACCUCAAAACACGAAGGGGAAGAAGAGAAACAACCAGGAAAACAAGUCGCUGCAGAAACUGCACAAUCUUCUCUAAAUGCCAGCAAACAUUCCAGUCAAUAAGAGGAGUUUUUUGUAAACUGAGUCUCAGCUUCUUCAAUUAUUUUGGUCUGAUCAUCAGCCAUGGAGCUGGAAAAGACAGUGGCCUCAUGAAUCUGACAUUUUAUGCUCUGCUUGAUGAGGAAAUCAUUUCCACUUCCAUAUCAAGAAAGGAAAAUCCUCCAAAUUGUAUUUCACAAGGGAGCGACCAGCGUGUCGAACAUGAAGGAUGACAGUAUAUUCUUGCAUUCCAGCACAUUUGUUAAAGGCUUCUGUUUAUAAAUUAUCCUUGGAAGACGUUUUGUACCCUUAGAGUAUUGAGACUAUGUUAAAGGAUGAGGUUAUUUUAAAUCUCAGGUCCUUGAGGUUAUACUGAAUAACUUUACACCAGUGUAUUUUUGAUGUAGAUGCCAGUUUAUAAAGAUGUAAAGCUAUGUGCUUUAUAUUUUUAUGGACUUUAGUUUGAUUUCUUCUACUGUUUUAGUUCUGACCUUUGAUAUUCAACAUUUUUGCCUUUUAUACUCUAGACUUCCAGUUUCAUUUAAUAAGCUAUUUUAUAAAAGCCUGUACUCAAAGUGAAUACUACAAAGGAUGGAUAUUGUGAAACCUCUGGCACCAGCUGUUUAAUAUCAACAAAACACUAUAAGCUAUUUGUUUACUGCCAAAGAUGAGACAUCUAAAAAGACAGACUGCAAAAAUCAGGAUUUCUAUACAGCUAGAAUUUAAGAAUCACUGCUUUUAUUUUGUAAAAUCACUGGGAGAUUUUGCACAUUAAGAUAGAUCAAAAUACAUUUUUAUGUACAGCAGCAUAAAUUGCAUCCAGAUAUUGUUGAAUUAAACACUAUCAGACUUUCUGCUCUUCAGUUAAAAAGAAAACCACCAUUCACACUGCUUAAUUAAAAAAUCUCAAAGGGACAAUUCACCAUGUCAAGGAUCAUGCUUUAAAAAUUUUGUCACCUAACCUUGUCUCGAAUACACCAAACAGACCGUGUUUAAAUGAAUGAUGCCAGAAUGCAGAUAAUGUGCACAUAUUCAAUGUUUAUUGUAUAAAGACAGAAAGUUUACCACUGCUUCCAGUGAUAACCGUUGGUCGAAAAAAAAAAAAUUCUGGAAUGAAGUUUCCUUGCACAGAACUGAAGACCCAACAAGUGUAUAACUGUAGAUACUGUAAAUACUCAUAAAAAUCUUAGCUGAAUUUAGUUAAAUCAGUUAUUCUCCAAAAUAAAAUAACAGAAUGG